GAGAGCUCAAGUUCUGUGCUUCUACAUGGGUCAACCUGAUCUUUUUCUGUCUCUUAUUCGCCAGGUUCUUCCUGAAAAUGAAGGAGAUAAUUACGUAUACGGCAUGCUUUCUUUUGCUUUAUUAGAGGUUGGACAAAUGGAUGCUGAGAAAGCUGCCAAAAGGGGACUUGAAAUCAAAGAAGACGUCUGGGCGCAGCAUGCUUUAUGCCAUGUUUUUCAGUAUGAAUGUAAAUUUAAAGAAGCAGUUCAGUUCAUGGAAGGAUGUGCGUCUUCAUGGAAUUCUUGUUUGUCAUUUAUGCUGACCCACAAUUGGUGGCAUGUAGCACUUUGUUAUUUAGAAGGUAAUGCCCCAGCACAAAGAGUCCUUGAGUUAUAUGACCAUCAUAUAUGGAAAGAGUUAGAAAGAGCUGAUGCUGCCGGAGAGGUUUACUUAAAUGCUGUGGGUCUUCUUUUGCGAUUGCAUGUUCAUGGUGAGCUUGAUGUCCUUGGGGAUCGUCUCGAGAUACUAGCAGGAUGCCUAAGUGACCAAGCAAAUUGGAAUAUAGAGUGGCACCUUGAUGUAAUGACCGUCUGGGCUUUAGCAAAGACUGGAAAAUUCUCUAAAGCUGAGGAUCUUCUAAAUGAGUUAAAAUACAGGAUUUCUAGAAUGGGCACAAAGAAGCAACAAUCAAUGCAGAAGGGAAUGCAGCUCGCAGAAGCUCUUUAUGCAUAUGGGAGAGGUAACGACAGGCAAGGACUGGAGUUACUGGAUUCUGAUUUUGAUGCCUGUAAUUACAAGAUAAUCGGAGCGUCAGAUGAACAACUUGAAGUGUUCAAUCAAGUUUGGUACACGAUGUUACUGAACGCUGGAGAAACAGUGAAGGGUAUAGUCUCGAACUCCACUGCAAGUUAAAAGUUCAAACCUUUCAGUUAUGCUUAACAAUGGUAACUAACAUGCAGCAAUCGAGGUGAUCGAGAAGCAAAUCAAGAAAAGGGAAGGUGUUCCAUUCAUGUGGCGCCUACUGGAGAAAGCAUACAGACUAGCGAACAGGCCAGAAGCCGGCAAAGCAAACGAAAAGGCCAGGGCGUUGGAGAGUGCAUACUUCUAACGAAGGAAUAAUCGCCUCCUUUACAUGAACUAUGCUUGUUGAAUGAAUACUGAGGUAUCCUAGAGUGCACUGCAAUGGUCGAUGCAAAAAAGAGUGUUAUUGUGUAAUGCAAACAUAGAACUUAUAAAAAAGAAUGAAAAAGUUGUAGCUUUUGCAUCCUUGGAGGCUGUGAAACCUUGUGGCAUGUGCAGUGCCGUGUUUCUUAUUGACUUUGACACAUGGUAGCCCUGUCGGGUCAUUUUCUUAGCGCAAAUCACGGGAAGGUCAUGGAGAUA